GAGUUUUCCGGUUCCUGUUCAUUACACACUCACUAGACGAGAUUCAAGAUGUCUGGACUUCUGCGGGGAAUCGCUAGAAUCCGAGCCGUCCCGGUUCUGCGGGGAUCAACCAUCACCCAGCGAGCCAACAUCGCAACACGACCAGCCAAGGACGCUGUUGGUCCUGCUGAGACAGCAGUUGGACUGACAUUGUUUUCUCUUGCCAUCCUCGGACCAGCUGGGUGGGUUCUGGCCAACCUGGAAAACUACAAAAAGAAGGGUUCUGCUGACUUGGAGUGAUUGACCUGUCACAGACUGAAAGCAGCUUGUCUUAUUUUAUUGCUUGGCUAUGUUGGGACCACCAUGUCACUGACCUUCAAAUUUACCUGAAUUGUGGAACAAUAUAUCUCUUUUGAACCACCCAGCUUACCUCUCCAUGCAACUGUUUACUUUCCACCAACCACUCCGGUCUUCAAUACACUGAGCUGUUUGCUCGAUGUUAAUAAAUGUGUAAUAACAUGUCAUCAUUGGUGAUUCAAUUCUCCUUACAUGGAGCUUCUUACAUUUUAAAUAAACAGUUAUUUAAAUCUUAAA